GUUGUUAUUGUACUAGUGCGACGGGCCGAUUAAACCUUAUAAACUGUUAUCCUGGUCAACAUAUCCUCUUAAAUAAUUGACGAAUUCAGUUUCAGAAAAGGCUUAGUCUUCGGAAUAGCGUCAUAAAAUUGUUUGGAUUUCAUUAGCAAGCUACGUGUCAAGCGAUUUACUAUAGUAAAUAUUAUACGUAUUUGUAUUAUGCAGCGGUUAUGCGGAAUAAAGGUGAAGACUUUGAAUCCUCUCUGCUAAGUUUUGAAAAGCUUGACCGAGCUUCACCUGACCUGUGGCCGGAGCAGUUACCAGGUGUCUCUGAAUUUGCUGCAUCCUUUAAAAAUCCUAUCACAAAUUCUCCACCCAAGUGGAUGGCUGAACUGGAGUCAGAAGAUAUUGAAAUGUUGAAAGAAUUAGGAAGUUUAACCACAGCAAAUCUGAUGGAGAAGGUGAAGGGACUGCAGAAUCUGGCUUAUCAGUUGGGUUUGGAGGAAUCUCGAGAAAUGACAAGAGGGAAAUUCCUGAACAUCUUGGAGAGACCCAAAAAAUGAAGACCCAGAUGGUGACCUUUGACCCGUCGAGUCAGCUACCAGUUGAUUGUGAGCUUGUAAGGCAGAAAAAAACAGUAGCAUGAUACGCUAAAUUUAAAAUGCUUUCACUAAUGUUCGACUGAUUUGAGGUCAGAACAUCAUAACACCACAUCGUUUUUGUAUAUACAUUUGCAGAUGCUGAGUAGAAAGGGUAGGAUAGUGGUGUGCUUUUCAAUAAAUGUUCAUAAAUGUAUUUAUUUUUCACUCUACAGUUUAAUACAACUUCAAUUGUUUAUUAAAAAUACAGUGUUGUUUAAAUAAAGUACAAUUGGUUGUACUCUUGUCUA